AUGGCGCAAUUUGGUGGAAAUCCCUUCUUCAGUUGCAGAAAUUGCCAAAAUCCUCUUGCGCAGCGUGAUGAUCUUAUAUCCAAAAAGUUUGUGACAAAAUCAGGGGCAGGAUAUAUGUUCUCUCAUGCAAUGAACAUCAUUGUGGGACAAAAGGAGGACAGGAAGUUGAUGACUGGCGUUUUCUCUAUAGCUGACAUAUUUUGCAGCAACUGUGGGGAGGUCUUGGGUUGGAAGUACGUUCGAGCUUAUGAUAUAUCUCAGAAGUAUAAGGAAGGCAAAUUUAUAAUUGAGAGAGCAAAGAUUGCCAAAGAGUACUAA